AUGUUUGUACUGAAGCAUUGCGUUACCAAAAAUCCAAAAAGUGGUGGUACCAAGAUUAAAGAAAACGUUAUAAAUAAACCAAAAACGGUCAGUGUGAAGUACAGUAUCCACACCUCAAGAGGAGAUAUUCCUGUUUGUAAACCGACAUUCGUGUCAAUACUGGGUGUUGGUAAAAAUCGUACUGAAAGGAUAGUGAAACAGUACCACGAAACAAGAAUUUUGCCAGCAGAAAGAAGAGGAGGAGACAGAGUUUCACAAAAAUCUAUUCAUAAGAAACUGGCCAUAAGAAAUUUUAUCGAAUCCAUAAACUGCUGCGAGACUCAUUAUGCCAGGAGUAAAACAGUUAUUAGGCGGUACUUACCCUGUGACCUGAACAUUGUCAAACUGUGGAAGUUAUACAACUCUUGA